UGCAGGGCUACGAAGCUUUGCGCAUUUGCAUGAACUAUUGCGUUCCAUAGUUCAGUUGACUUUUGGUGAAGUUAGUAGGUCAUAUAACAUUGUUUAUGAUACUCUCUGCAAGAAUGACGCAAACUUUGUUGAUACUGAAAGAGUUUUAGUUCUUGUUCUUACAAUGCUAUGUAAUUGUGGCCUUGCUAUUCCUCGAGAAUGCGAUAAAAUUAUUCGCUUCAAUUUCCUUUCUCUGCAAUUUCGCGAAGAUUUGCCAGAAAACUGAAAUGUUGCUUAGAAUCUGUACGCAAAGCUGUUACUCUAAAGGAUAUUGUACUUUGUUUGGAGUCGCUACUGGUUCAAAACCUUAUGAAGAUAAAUUAUUAGAUGUUGUCUGGGACGUACAUAAAGGGAAGAUUCGCCGUAUGAAUUGCCACUUUGAUCGAUAUGAGAUAUGGGAUCUCGUUAAAAUUGAUGAUAGUCAACUUAAGACGAGAGAAGAAAGAAAAGAUCAUAUGGAGGAGGAUAUUUAUGAUGAUGCAUUUGAUGAAGAUGCGGAAGCCUCAAGAAAUGACCCCUCACAAGUUGGACGAAAGCAACGUAGUAAUGGGGAAUUGAAUGAUGCUGCAAUUGUUCUUCAAAGGGCGAUAAAAAGAUGGAUGAGUCAGAAAGCUUUGACUGAGAAGCAGGAAGUAGAAAAUGAUCCCGUUAAGUUUUAUUUCCAGAAAUUUAAACUGGGUAAAUCUUCUUGCACAAUUUGUCGCCCAGUAGAAUUUGUAGACCUCAGUUCAACUAUUAAAUCAUCAGAAGAACUGCAAAUUGAGGACAAAGAGCAAGGUUGGACACCUCGUCUUCUUAAGCGAAAUACAUUUAACACACAUUGUGGUCGAAAAAGCCCUCAUUGGAAGACAGAAAAAUCAUUUGUUAAUUAUGUAGAGUUUUAUCGUAAACAAGUGUAUCCCAUCAAAAGAAAAGCUGAAACAUUGAUAGAAAAUAUGGGAAAUCUGGGAGAUAAAUAUUAUCUUGAUCUCGAUCGUUUAAAGGAUUUGAUGAAUCAACUAAAUGAGAAGAUGAAAAAGGUGGAAAAUGAUCGUAGAUGGGACUCUAUCUCGUUGGUUAGGAAAGCUGCAGAAGAAGUAGACAAAGCUACAUAUAAAAUGAACGACAUGACGAAAAGAAGAGGAUCUUUAAAUCCAUCAGAACGUGUUUUGGAAGAAGAGUUUAAAGAUGUUUUUGAAGAGGAUGAACAAUUAGUUGGUCAGUUAAAACCUGUUCAUAAUAUAAAAGCCAAAAAAAAAGAAUAUGAGAAAAGGAAAAGAUGAAUUCCACGUCAUAUUUUUCUUAAUUGAACUUAUUUAUUUUUCAUUUUUUUACAUUUGUAAUUUCUUUAAAGUUUUGUUCGUUAAUUUUGUUGUUUUAUUUGACGUUAUAAUGUACUCUGAACAUUUUAUAGAAUCGCUGUCAUAAAUCACGAUUAUUUUAUAUAAAUAAAUUUUAACAUUAAAGCAUAGCUCUAUCUUUAGCACUAAUAUCUAUUGUUUGCUGUUCUUCAACUUGUAUUUAUUGAUUUUAAUAACUUUAUUAAUAUAUGUAAGGAAAAGAUGUA